CUAAGGAACUUGUGCCUACGCCUUUCCUCCCAGGCCCCAUGCUGCUGAAGGUGGCUCUGCUGCUCUUGGCUCUAUUCAUUGGGAAGUCUGAUGUCAUCACAAAGCCCAUCCUGUCUCUUCAACCUCCAUGGACCACUGUCUUCUCUAAUCAGAAUGUACAUUUGACAUGUGGGCAUCUGGAUCUCAUGGGAUUAGAAAACAUCCUAUGGUACAAGGAGGGGAAGAAGUUCCACCAAACCUCUGAAAACACCACUGUGAUCUCGGAAAGUGGACAGUACAGCUGUGGGAGCCAGGAUUCUGCCCUCAGUGACCCUGUGACCAUCACCUUCUCUGAUGCUUGGCUGAUCCUCCAGGCUCCAUAUUCCGUGUUUGAAGGAGAUGCUGUGAUUUUGCAAUGCCAAGGAUGGAAAAAAGCUAAGCUAUCUCAGGUUACAUUUCACAAAUCGGGAAAAUUCCUUUCCUUCACUAAGGAAAAUAAACCUCUGUCCAUCGAAGCAGCAAGGAUAGAGCAUAGAGGCCAGUACAGUUGUAGUGGGUAUGUGAAGAAUAAAAAAGUAAAUCAAAGCUCUGAAUCUGUCAUCCUUCAAGUCCAAGAGCUGUUCCCUCAACCUGAGCUGAGAAUCAAAAAUUCCACUGAAACCAUGGAGGGGAGCACAAUGGCCUUGAGGUGUGUGACACAACUACCCCCCCAGAGGUCAGCUUCCCGGCUCUACUUCUCCUUCUAUAAGGAUAAUAGGACCAUAAGAAUCAGAGACCAGUCCCCAGAAUACUACAUCCCAGCAACCAUCAGGGCAGGUGCCGGCUUGUACUGGUGUGUGGCAGCCACCGAAGAUGGCCAAGUUCAGAAGCAGAGCCUUGGACUGGAAAUUCAAGGUGCCACAUCUCUCCCCUCAGGCCCCACUGGGCACAGGAGGAGCCAGCUGCUCCUGGGGAUGACUCUGGUUCUGUCUGGCGUGACUGGAAUCACUGCAGUCCUUCUGUAUUAUUUCAGGCUCUUGAAGAAAGCAAAAGGAACUGCUGCUCCAGAUCCUGCCAGGGGUCCUUUCUUCCCAGUAACUCCAGAAACCCCUAAGGCCUCCUCAUCACAAGACCCAGAGUCUUGUCCUGUGUAUGUCAAUGUGAGUCCUCAGGAUAAGAACAGUGAAGAUGUGGUCUAUUCUGUGGUAUUUUCCAGGGAGAAGAAAAAGAAAGCCAUCUCCAAAGACCUGUCCCCAAGGGAAGAGGACUUCUCUGUCAUCUAUUCCAAUUUGGUAUUGCCCCAGAACCAGAAACUCUCACCUGGCUAUAGGGGAUAAAUACAGAAGACUCCAGGCCCCCAAGCAGAUACAAGGAAUGAUAACAAUUCUACCCUGGUGAUCCCUGAUUCUUCCCCACCACCACCCAUCCUAAAACUUGAGAUGCCCCUCAAAGAGGCUAGCAAUAGACCACCUCCAAAAAGGGAACCCCUUUCCUCCAACCCAGAAGAUGAAACUGAGCCCUUCUUCUCUCCGUAAAGACUCAAGGAGCCCCUGGGUACUCAUCCAGGUCAUCACCAAGGACUGAACCAGUAGACUUCCCAGAAGACAAUCAAGUAACAAGAGCUGAGAAUGGGGAAUGGCAAUUUCAUUGAAUAGCAUGGAAGUAACAUACCUGCUUUCACUCUAGUUAGGAGUUGGUCUUGUCUGCUUAUUUCUCUCUGUAUCUAUGUUGAGCGAGGGUGGUAUUUGUCCCUGGGUGUUAUUACCCCACCCCGAAGUAUAGCAGAUGAGAGACUCCUUGUUGUGCUCUAAUUUGCAAGAUGGAAAGCAGCUCAGAUCUGCACUCACUGGAGAAGAGCUCCAGAGGUGAUUCUGGUACUUUGAGAAGCAACAUGGUAUUGUGGGGAAAGCGCUUUAAGGCAGAAGGCCUGGAUUUGAUUCCUAGGUCUGCCAUUAGCUAUGUGACCUUGGGCAAUAAUAACUCAUAGAGAGAGUAUCUGUCUUCUCCCAAGUCCUUAUUUCUGUGGUGACAGAAGAGUGCCUAGGUCCUUGGCCCAUAGUUCCUGAAGAGUCUCUGAGUUUUGACCUGAUGACUGAUCCUGCAGAAUGUAUGAGUCAUACGCUGAGUUUUUAACUGUGCUCUGCCACAUACAUUCUUUUGUCCACCCAAAUUUCAUUUCCUGAGAUUCCUGGGUUCAAAAUAACUUCUUUACUGUUUGGGAACUUUCAGAGUCCAGAAGAGCAGCCGGUACCUAGUCAUUUUGCAAUUAUUUUAUUAUCCAUUGUU